UUGAGCAGUGAGUCACUCCAAGCUACAAGUUCUCUUCCUAGUUCAGUGGCAAACAUUUCCUGCAUGAGCCACAAUGUAUGUGAUUGUAGAAAUCCUCCUGCUGCUGCUUACUAUCCUCUACUCCUACUUAGAGUCCUUUGUGAAGUUAUUUAUUCCAGUGAAAAGGAAGUCUGUGAAUGGAGAAAUUGUGCUGAUCACAGGUGCAGGGCAUGGCAUAGGAAGAAAUACAGCCAAGGAGUUUGCUGAACUUCAGUCUGUGCUAGUAUUGUGGGAUAUCAAUAAGACAGGCAUUGAAGAAACUGCUACAGAAUGCAGAAAGCUUGGAGCCAAGGUUUACACAUAUGUGGUGGAUUGCAGCAAACGUGAGGAAAUCACUACAGCUGCUGCUAAGGUAAAACAAGAAGCGGGAGAUGUUGACAUUCUUAUAAAUAACGCUGGAAUUAUUUUCUGUGCUGAUGUACUGUCACUAGAAGAUCAACAGAUCGAGAAGAUAUUUGAAGUGAACAUUCUUGCUCACUUUUGGACUACAAGGGCCUUCUUGCCAGCAAUGAUGAAGAAAAAUCAUGGUCACAUCGUUACUAUUGCUUCAUCCGCAGGAUUUGUUGGAGUGCCGUAUAUGGUAGACUACUGCUCUACUAAGUUUGCAGCCCUUGGAUACCACAAGUCUCUGACAGCUGAACUUGCAGCACUGCAGAUGACAGGAAUCAAAACAUCAUGUCUGUGCCCUGUAUUUGUUGACACUGGCUUUGUAAAAAAUUCAAGCACAAGAUUUAUUCCCGUACUGGCACCAGAGGAUGUUGCAAAGAAGUUAGUGAAUGGCAUUCUUAUUAACAAGAAAUUGAUUUGUAUUCCACCCUCCGUGGUUCUAACUUCUGUCCUAGAAGUAAUGUUACCAGAACGGGCUUUGAAAGCUUUAAGUGCCUUCAACGGCAUAAAAUUUGAUGCCAAAGUACGACGCGUUGACAAGGAUAAAUAGAAUGACAUCUACAGCUUUUUCCCAUAUACUCAUAUUAUCAGGUGUAUGUAUUAUGUGUAUGUAAUAAAUGCGAAGCUGAAAUACAAAGUGCAUCAAUGUCGAUCAGGUUCUGUUUACUAAAGUGAGAUCACCUAAAGAUUAAGGGACAUAUUGAUACAAAAGCACAUUUAGGGUACAUUUGUCAGCUUAAAUUUCUCUAAAUUUGGUGGUUGUUUACCCUGCUGGAGGCAAAUACUAGCGAAGGCAAAUUACGGUAAGUUUUUUUUAAGUUUAAAAUUUGAUUGGCAUUAUGUGAGUGAAAAUGUAGUCCAUGGGGAGGGGUGUUGAAUCAGGAAUUCCCAUUAUUAGGCUCAAGGAUGUCUUUCUAUUUGUUGCCUGCAGCUCUGUAAAUUACACAAUAGGGCACAUAGUGGCCAAAGGGAAUGCUUCAGAAAACAUUUCUGGUGUUGUCCAAAUGAUUCUUUCGACUUUAAGUCUGUAUAGGAGUAUGUCAAAUUAGUUUGGGGAAAUAGACAAAUGUACUGUAAUUCUAAUUCUUUCUCACUCUAUUAAAAUUGUCUUUUACCGCUUC